AUGAACGAACAAGUUAAUAGUACUUGGUUGGAGGCUGAAAAAGAGAAGCUUGAGGAGGCCUUAUUGUGUGAAGAAUUAUUUUGGAGGCAGAAAUCGAGGAUCCAAUGGCUCAAAGAGGGUGGUCGAAGCACCAAAUUCUUUCAUGUUCAUACUCUUGUGAAGAGACGUAGGAAUGCCAUUUUGCAUCUCAAAGGCCUAGAUGGGAAAUGGAUGGAGGGGGCACAUCAAAUAGCAACUAUUUUCCAAAACCAUCAUUCGGAAGUGUAUGGGCCGAAUAGAGGUAAACAUAAGGCUAAAUUGGAAGAACUAAUAUUCAAAGUUAUUUCUGAUGAUCAAAACAAUGGUUUAAUUGAGAUAUUGGAUGCUGAUGAAAUUCAGAAAACGUUGAACAAAAUGGGUGUGGAUAAGGCCCCAUGUCCUGAUGGGAUGUCAUUCUCUUUCUACAAGCACCAUUGGGAGACAGUGCAAAAGGACCUAAUAAAUAUGGUGCAAUUCUUCUUUUAUAAUAAUGGGCUGCUCAUGUACAUAAAAAAUACUAAUUUUGUGUUCAUCCCUAAGAAGGAGAAUCCAGUGGAAGUUAGAGACUACUGGCUGAUUGCGCUUUCCAAGCUCAAGGAUGCUCUCAAAGCAUCACAAGCCAAGUUCGCCUCUUCUGAGCCCAACGUCAAUGACUUGAAGGCGGAGCUCGACACUAAGACGGCUGAUUUUAACGCCGCUAGGGUUAAGAUCGAUUGUUUGAAGGCAGAAAUGAUCGCUGCUAAGGCAGAGACAGAACGCCUAAAGGAGGAAAAGAACUCCGCCUUUGAGAUCCUCGAGGAUGAGAAGCACAUGCUCGAGGAAUUCAAGGCCAAGAAAGAUUGGGCUACAAACUGGGCCAUGUACAUGAUGUGGUCUUUGAACCCCGAGAUGGACACUUCAUUCCUUCAGGAUAAGGAAUGGUUGGCCGAUGAGGAAGUCACGACCGCCACCUUGGAUGGCAGAGGCGAAGAGGAGAAAGUCGAGGAAGUCGAGUCUGCAUCAACUGACAAACAAAAAAUUGUAUUCUGA